UGAUUAAAAUUGCCCCGAGAGAGCUGAUCUUUCAGAAAUCAAGUUAUUCUCGAGACGAAUCAAAACUCAACAAUGGGCUAUAAGACAGCAUCUGUUAUCGGUGGACUUGUUUGGGUCGUGUCCAUUCUUGGUUUAGAGGUGAAAGGAACGAACCGACGGUAUGGAUAUCAACCUCAGUACCUCGCUGACAGUCCUGACCUGGUGCAACAGAUUCAAAAGAGCGUCCGUCGACCUGUUCACCUACAGACUCAGAUAUUCCAGAAUGCUCUUGAUUCAACAGGGUCAGGAAGGCACUGCAAAAGCAGACCUCUGGACUUGGUCUUCAUCAUAGACAGCUCCCGUAGUGUUCGGCCUGCAGAGUUUGAGAAGGUCAGAAUCUUUUUGACCGACAUGGUGGACACACUGGAUAUUGGCAUGGAUUCCACGAGAGUGGCUGUCGUCAACUAUGCCAGUACAGUAGAGAUCGAGUUCCUACUCAAGAUGCACACGGACAAGUCAAGCUUGAAGCAGGCCCUCAGCCGGAUCGAUCCCCUGUCCACCGGCACCAUGACGGGUCUUGCCAUCAAAACUGCCAUGGAGCAAGUCUUCACGGAGGAGUCUGGGGCCCGUCCCACAUCACAGAGCAUCGCCAAGGUGGGCAUCAUUGUGACUGACGGCAGGCCCCAGGAUACGGUAGAAGAGGUGGCCGCCUUGGCGCGCUCAUCAGGAAUUGAAAUGUAUGCAGUAGGUGUGGACAGGGCUGACAUGGAGUCUCUCCGUCUCAUGGCCAGCCUCCCUCUGGAAGAGCAUGUCUUCUAUGUGGAGACCUAUGGGGUCAUUGAGAAACUCACGUCCAAGUUUAGGGAGACCUUGUGUGGUAAGGAAACAGAAGCAGAACCCAUAAUGAAUGCAGACAAUGGUGCGUCUUCCACUCAAGACACAUUUGAAAGUCCUCCUAGGGAAAAUGACUCCUUGUGGGCUGAAGGUGUGGACGCUUGCUCCCUUGGACAUGAUUGUCAGCACAUAUGUAUCAACAACAAAACCUCUUACUACUGCCAGUGUCGAGAGGGCUAUGUGUUGAAUACCGACAAGAAAACAUGCUCACUUGCAGGUUUGGACGCUUGCUCCCUUGGACAUGAUUGCCAGCACAUAUGUACCAACAACCAAAACUCUUACUACUGCCAGUGUCGAGAGGGCUAUGUGUUGAAUACUGACAAGAAAACAUGCUCACGUUUGGACACUUGCUCCCUUGGACAUGAUUGUCAGCACAUAUGUACCAACAACCAAAACUCUUACUACUGCCAGUGUCGAGAGGGCUAUGUGUUGAAUACUGACAAGAAAACAUGCUCACGUGUGGACGCUUGCUCCCUUGGACAUGAUUGCCAGCACAUAUGUAUCAACAACAAAACCUCUUACUACUGCCAGUGUCGAGAGGGCUAUGUGUUGAAUACCGACAAGAAAACAUGCUCACAGGAAUUGCGUGGUGGUGGGGUGUCUGAAAAUGCUUGCAUGUGUGAAGCCCAGAUUGCGUUCCAGAAGAAGGUCCAGUCUACCAUCCAGGAUCUCAACAGCAAACUUGAUGACAUUUCCAGGAAAGUUCAACAAUUCGAAGAUGGCGGUGGAUUCUGAAGUGGGACCAGGAAACAAUUCUGAGCACUUCACUGUCUUUUUUGUGUCACAAAAAAAAGCAGUGCAGCUGGGCUAAUGUAUGUCUUCUUGCUAAAACUUCAA